AUCACUUCAACUGUGGAGACGGGCAGCGGGCUGUCCAAAGACCCAGCCUGACGCACGGAGAGGGACAGACAGACAGACAGUCUGAUGCCAACUGUCUCCACUGUCAAUCUCAGGGCACCACUCCUCCUCCUGUUGCUAUGGGCAACCCACCCCACCAUGGCAACCAACUGGCUCUCCCUGGCGAGGUUGCCUCGCUCCAGGCCCGUGUCCGGUGCUGCCCCAUGUGCACGGCUGAGGGGGCUGACCCCAGGGCAGGUGGGUGUGUGCAGGGCGCGAGGGGAGGUCAUGGAGUCCGUACGCAAGGCAGCCGAGAUGGUCAUAGAAGAGUGCCAGCACCAGUUCAGGGAUCGCCGCUGGAACUGUUCCACCACGGCACGUGGGAUCAAUGUCUUUGGCAGAGUCAUGAACCAAGGGACUCGUGAGGCGGCCUUUGUGCAUGCUUUGUCCUCAGCAGCCGUGGCAGUGGCUGUGACCCGAGCCUGCACCCGCGGGGAGCUGGAUAGGUGUGGCUGUGACAGGAAGGUCAGGGGGGUCAGCCCCGAGGGAUUCCAGUGGUCAGGUUGCAGUGACAACCUGUCCUAUGGUGUGGCUUUCUCCCAAACAUUUGUGGAUGACCCAGAACGAGCCAAGGGGCUGUCAGCAGGGCGACCACUCAUGAACCUCCAUAACAACGAGGCUGGUCGAAAGGCCAUCCUUCACAACAUGCAGGUGGAGUGUAAGUGUCAUGGUGUCUCUGGCUCCUGUGAGUUGAGGACCUGCUGGAAGGUUAUGCCUCCAUUCAGGCGGGUCAGCGUUGUGCUCAAGGAACGCUUUGAUGGAGCCACAGAGGUUCGCCUGACUCGUAUUGGAUCCAGGACAGCGCUGCUCCCCCGUGAUCCGCAGGUCAAACCCCCCGCUGCCAGAGACCUUGUGUACCUUGCGCCCUCCCCAGAUUUCUGCCAUCUCGACCCUGACAACGGUAUCCCUGGAACUGCUGGUAGGAGAUGUAACGGAACCUCUCGGCUGGCACCAGAUGGCUGUGAGCUGGUGUGCUGUGGACCGGGCUACAGGGCAGGCCGGGCUGAAGUGGUGCAGCGCUGCUCCUGCAAGUUUUCCUGGUGCUGCUCAGUCCGCUGCCAGCAGUGCAAGAACACAGUCACCAUUCACACCUGCAGAGUCUAAGAGGGCCCAAAAAAGACCAAACUGCCUGCGCAGAAAGACCCGAACAAACCACCACACCACCACUCUUGAACACAACAUGGUCUAAGAAUAUAGACAAUAACAGUCUUUAAUUCACACAUUUAGCACCAAAUUUUCUUAAUUUAAUUCAUUUGCGACUGAAGCAGUGAGGCGAGUUAUGUUUGAGGAUUCUUCUGUAAACGCUGCAAAGUUAGAACACAUGUAAAAACAAAGCAAUGUAGACAAAAACAAUGAUAAAGCAUCAAGUACAUCUGGUAUAAAUUAAAAUCACCUUCAGAGGCGGACAGGUGGCCACACAGGCACAGACAUAGACAUGCGUGCACACAAAUUCACAUGAACACAACAGUUAAUGAACAGUUAAUCUCUCACUGAACUAACAAAAGCUUUUAAAGCUGAACUAAACCAGGACUAACAGGGAAACAUUACAGCACUCUUUAUUUUAUGCAAACUAUUCGCGUUAUGUCUCAUAGACUAGCAGGUCUUUGAACAUUUACUGUAUUUAUGUCUUCUUCUCUAUUCUGGUUUAUUUAUUUAAGUUUUUGCUUUACUUCAGCUUCCAGCAGAGACCUCUUAAAUAGGAAGAAUAACUUUUACUUACUUCAGUGUCUGUCUUGUGUUUUGUCCCUCACCAUCAUGUGAAACUCUUCUGCAUGUUCCUGCACAAGCAGUGCUUUUAGGUCUGUUCAAAAAAAAAUCUA